AUGAGGAUCAGGAGCAAGUACAAGAAACCGACGGCUUUACGUUGUUGCGAUGCAGGGGGGAGGUGUUCUACUUUGGUUUUUGUGUUGAGUUUGUUAGGGUGUCUUCUUUUGCUUCAAUUAUAUUCCUAUGUUCAUCAGACGGAGAGACACGGUGGCGAGACUCAUCUGCGUGCCUUUCAGCGUCAUCCGCAGUUUCGUGAACUUCAAGAAGCGGAAGAGGAAAACCUUAAUGUUCCGCCGCCGAAGGGAAAGAGGUCGCCUCGAGCAGUGAAGCGCAGACCGAAAAGGACAACUACGUUGAUUGAUGAAUUCUUGGAUGAAAAUUCCCAAAUGAGACAUGUGUUUUUUCCUGGUCGUAAAAGAGCUAUAGAUCCAAUGCAGGCGGUUGAGAAUGACAAGUAUCAGUACUACCCUGGGAGAAUGUGGUUGGAUACAGAUGGUCAUCCUAUUCAAGCCCAUGGAGGAGGCAUUCUUUAUGAUAAAAACUCAAAGACAUACUAUUGGUAUGGUGAAUAUAAAGAUGGGCCUACCUAUCAUGCUCACAAGAAAGGAGCCGCUCGGGUGGACAUUAUUGGAGUUGGCUGUUAUUCUUCCAAGGAUUUAUGGACCUGGAAACACCAGGGGGUUGUAUUGGCAGCAGAGGAAACAAACGAAACUCAUGAUCUGCACAAGUCUAACGUACUCGAGAGGCCAAAAGUGAUUUACAAUGAGAAGACUGAAAAGUAUGUGAUGUGGAUGCACAUCGAUGAUGCUAACUAUACCAAAGCGUCUGUUGGUGUGGCAAUCAGUGACGCACCUGAUGGUCCUUUUGAUUACCUUGGUAGCCAUAGGCCACAUGGAUACGAAAGCAGGGAUAUGACAGUUUUCAAAGACGAUGACGGCGCUGCAUAUAUAAUCUACUCUUCCGAAGACAACAGUGAACUGCACAUCGGACCCCUAACCGAAGAUUAUCUCAACGUAACGUCUCUCAUGAGAAGGGUUCUUGUUGGACAGCACCGAGAAGCGCCGGCUCUAUUCAAGCAUCAGGGUACAUACUACAUGAUCACAUCAGGUUGCACGGGAUGGGCCCCAAACGAAGCAUUGGCGCAUGCGGCUGAGUCAAUAAUGGGACCUUGGGAAACAAUGGGAAAUCCAUGCAUGGGAGGAAACAAAAUGUUUAGACUAACAACAUUCUUUGCUCAGAGUACUUUUGUGCUUCCUAUUCCUGAUUUCCCUGGAAUGUUCAUCUUCAUGGCGGAUCGAUGGAAUCCGGCUGACUUAAGGGACUCGAGAUAUGUAUGGUUGCCGUUAAUAGUGGCGGGACCGGCGGAUGAGCCUUUGGAAUAUAGUUUUGGAUUCCCAUGGUGGUCAAGAGUGUCUAUCUAUUGGCAUAGGAAAUGGAGAUUGCCUCAAGGGUGCAACCCUUUUCAAAUAAUGUAA